AUGGCGGCCCACGGUGCAGCACUCUCCCUGUCAAAGCUGAUGAAUCCUUAUUAUUGCGGCCGUUUAGGCAGCUCUGCCAAAGUCUUCGGAUCAACUUGGACGAGCCGCAGAAACUCCUCUUCAUACACCCCUCCUCCAGCCAAAUACGGAGGAAGACACACCGUCACUCUGAUACCUGGAGAUGGAAUCGGACCUGAGCUGCUCAACCAUGUCAAAGAGGUCUUCAGGUUCAGCUGUGUACCCGUGGACUUCGAGGUGGUUCAUGUCAACUCUGCCCAGGAGCUGGAGGACGACAUCAAAAACGCCAUCACCGCCAUCCGCCGGAAUGGAGUCGCCCUGAAGGGAAACAUCGAGACCAAACACAGCAUGCCUGCUUCUGUCAAAUCUGGGAACAAUCUUCUCCGCACCAGCCUGGACCUCUUCGCCAACGUCAUGCACUGCCAGUCGCUCCCGGGGGUCCAGACCCGCCACAAGAACAUCGACAUCAUGAUCAUCCGGGAGAACACGGAGGGCGAGUACAGCAGCCUGGAGCACGAGAGUGUGUCUGGAGUGGUGGAGAGCCUGAAGAUCAUCACCAGGAACAACUCGCUCAGGAUCGCCGACUACGCCUUCAAGCUGGCGCGAGAGAAAGGACGACGCAGAGUCACAGCUGUGCACAAGGCCAACAUCAUGAAGCUUGGUGAUGGCUUGUUCCUGCAGUGUUGUAGGGAGGUGGCGUCCGGUUACCCUGACAUCACCUUCGACAGCAUGAUCGUGGACAACACCACCAUGCAGCUGGUGUCCAAACCGCAGCAGUUUGACGUCAUGGUGAUGCCAAAUCUCUACGGGAACGUGGUCAGCAACGUGUGCGCUGGCCUGGUGGGCGGCCCGGGUCUGGUGCCCGGUGCCAACUACGGGAGCGCCUACGCGGUCUUUGAGACGGCGACCCGGAACACAGGGAAAAGCAUAGCAGGGAAGAACAUUGCCAACCCGACGGCCAUGCUGCUGGCCAGCUGCAUGAUGCUGGACCACCUGAAGCUCAACGACUAUGCCACCAUGAUCAGGAACGCCGUCCUCUCCACCAUGAACGAAACCAGGUUGCACACGGCGGACCUGGGGGGUCAGGGCACCACGUCUGAGGUGGUCCAGUCCAUCAUGAGGAGCAUCCAGAGCAAAGGCCAGCUCACCUCAGACCUCUAGACCUCCACCCCGGGCCUGCUGCUGCACAUGUAACUUGUUUCCAUAGCAACGGUUUCAAACAGUCCGGCCAACCUCAGAUAAGACUGUUUCAGUCUGCUAAACUGUAAAACUCCGGUCGACUCACCAAAGAUCCAGAAGGUUUGUGCAAUCACGGCUGAUGGAGCGAGGUCUCACUCUGUACAUUUUCUUUGUUUCCAUGCUUCUGCAAACACAACAGAGGAAAGGAGUUUGAGCUCUUCACAAUCCUUGUUGGUGUUUGUAGUGUGUGUUCACCCCCAGAGGUCAAGAGUUAAAUGUGGGGUACUGUAAACUGCGUGAGAGAAAUAAAAACCAUGAAAACCAUGUUGAAGACCGUAUCUUC